GUGCAUCCAGCUCUGAGCCAGGGGGUCCAAAGUGCUUACCCCGGUCACAGCCGGACUUGGGGGCCUUCUCUCAGCAGGGGACAGCCUGAUUGGGGACAAUGGCAUCUCUUGACCACAUCUUGGUUCUCUGUGUGGGUCUCCUGACCACGGUCAGUGCAGAAGCUCCACAGGAACCCGACCCAUUCACCUAUGACUACCAAUCCCUGCGGAUCGGAGGCCUCAUCAUCGCCGGGAUCCUUUUCAUCCUGGGUAUCCUCAUAAUCUUGAGCAGAAGGUGCAGGUGCAAAUUCAACCAGCAGCAGAGGACUGGAGAACCUGAUGAAGAGGAGGGAACUUUCCGCAGUUCCAUCCGCCGUCUAUCCUCCCGCAGGCGGUAGAAACACCUGGCGUGAUGGAACCCAGCCAGGAUUAUCCUGGCACCUGACUCCUCCCACAUACCACUGCGCGCCCACUGCCACCCGGACUGCGCUUUCCCCUAGCCCAGCCCCCACAGACUUCCAAUAAAACGUGCUUUUCU